GGUUGGUUGGUUGGCUCUUCUUCAAAAUCAAGCAAAAAGUUAAAAAUGGUUUAAUAGGAGGGGAAUUGGAUUGAGUAAACUGAGAUUGAGCAGAGCUUUUGUCCUCCUCCUCUGAAAUGAAGAAAUAUUCCCAAUAUUACUAACUCCACUGGGAAAAGGCCAAAUUGAGAGUCCCCUUCUGCUCAUUCUCCUUUCACUCCGUCGGCGUCGUCAUGUUUGGUGGAAAGCUCUUUGCUUUCCUGCUUACUGCCUCUACUUGCUUAUGGCUGCUCCGCUUUGCCCAAGCAAAGCUUGUACAAGAAGAAGUUGAUGCCCUUGGAGAAAUUGUAAGAGCAAUGGGCUCAACGUAUUGGCAGUUUGAUGCCGAUACCUGCAAAGUGGAAGCAUUUGGGAUGACCCAAGUCCCACCAAGGAACGCAGAGCACAAUAUUGAAUGUACUUGCAACAAUGGCAGCAAUACGGAUUGUCACGUCGUGAGGAUGGUUCUUAAGAAUCACAAUCUUCCUGGAACUCUUCCACCUCAGCUGGUGAAGCUUCCUUACCUCCAAGAAAUUGAUUUUGCUUACAACUACCUCAACGGCUCUAUCCCAAAAGAAUGGGCAUCAACGCGAUUGACUUCAAUUUCUAUUCUUGUAAACCGACUUUCAGGGGAGAUUCCAAAGGAGUUGGCAAAUAUUACUACUCUCACAUACUUGUGUCUUGAUGCAAACCAAUUCUCUGGUGGUAUCACUGCAGAGCUUGGGAAACUGGUCAACUUGGAAACACUAAUGCUGUCUUCCAAUAAGUUUACUGGACCAUUGCCAAUCUCGUUUGCAAGGAUGACAAAUUUAACUGAUUUCAGGAUAAAUGAUAAUAGCUUCAGUGGAGCCAUUCCUAAUUUCAUACGGAAUUGGACCAAACUCACCAGACUAGAGAUGCAUGCAAGUGGGCUAGAGGGACCCAUUCCACCAAGCAUUUCAGAGUUGGCUAAUCUAUCCGAGCUGAGAAUCAGUGAUGUAGCUGGACCCAGUCAGGGCUUCCCCAGGGCGACCAAUGCGACAGGCAUAGUAAGAUUGGUUUUGAGGAACUGCAACUUAUCUGGGGAGCUCCCUGACUUUGUCUGGUCGAUGCAGAACAUGGAGAUGUUGGAUGUCAGUUUCAACAAGUUGACAGGAAAAAUUCCGGCAACCAUUACUGCGGAUCGUUUGAGAUUUGUUUUCUUAACUGGCAACUUGCUAAGUGGAGAUGUUCCUGAAUCAAUCUUGAAGCAAGGAAGCAACAUUGACUUGUCUUACAAUAACUUUGAGUUGGAAGGACCUGACCACCCUGCUUGUCGGGAUACUAUGAAUCUUAACAUGAACUUGUACCAGAGCUCUUCAGCCAUAAAUAGCACUAGGAGUAGUCUCCCAUGCUUGAAGACCUUUACUUGUCCUCGAUACUCGAAUUGUUUGCAUGUUAACAGUGGUGGAAAGGACUUGACCAUUACCGAAAACAAAACAACUGUACUAUAUGAAGGAGAUGUACAAAUUGUAGGUGGUACAGCAAAAUAUUUCCUAAAUGAGGAGAGCUACUGGGGCUUUAGUAGUACAGGGGACUUUUUGGAUGAUAAUGAUUUCCAGAACACCCGUUAUACCGUAGCUGUACAAUCAUCAUCCCUCCCCGAGUUGUACUUGACUGCCCGCAUUGCCCCAAUUUCUCUUACUUACUUCCACUACUGUUUAGAAAAUGGGAACUACACGGUGAGGCUACACUUUGCUGAGAUCGUAUUCACUAAUGACAGAACUUAUGCUAGUCUUGGCAAACGCAUGUUCGACGUCUACGUUCAGGAAAAGCUAGUGUUGAAGGAUUUCAAUAUUGAAGAUAAGGCUGGUGGUGCUCAGAAGCCAUUAGUACUGCCAAUCCCGAAUGUCUAUGUACCCAACAAUAUCCUUGAGAUUCGUUUUAAUUUUGCUGGCAAAGGAACAACAAGGGUUCCAGUUAGAGGAGUUUAUGGUCCCAUCAUCUCCGCCAUCUCUGUAGUUUCUGAUGAUAAAAUCUGCUCCAAACCCGUUGGCGAUAGAGGAAACAAGGGAACAAUUUAUGCUAUUGUUGGAGUACUUGGAGCAUCAAGCCUUAUAUUUGUUGUUCUAGGCAUUCUUUGGUGCAGAGGCUACAUACCUGGAAAAUGCACAAAAAGAAAAGGUACUGAUGGAGCUGAUUUGCCCAAGGGAACAUUCUCCUUAAAACAAAUUAGAGCAGCCACUGAUGACUUCAAUCCCAAAAAUAAGAUUGGAGAAGGUGGUUUCGGUCCUGUAUACAAGGGUGUGUUACCUGAUGGUACAAUGAUAGCAGUUAAGCAACUCUCAUCGAAAUCAAAACAGGGAAACCGUGAAUUCUUAAACGAGAUUGGAAUGAUUUCUUGUCUGAAACACCCGAAUCUCGUCAGCUUGCAUGGGUUUAGUGUGGAAGGAGAUCAACUAUUGCUGGUGUAUGAAUACAUGGAAAACAAUAGCCUCGCUCGGGUUUUAUUUGGUGAGUCAUUUCAUAGCAGGGAAAACUGUGACCUGAAGCUGGACUGGCCUACAAGGUUUAAGAUAUGUGUCGGGAUAGCUAAAGGUCUGGCCUUUCUCCAUGAAGAGUCGAGACUCAAGAUCGUUCACAGAGACAUCAAGGCCACCAACGUUCUUCUUGAUGGGGACUUAAAUCCGAAGAUAUCAGAUUUUGGAUUGGCUAAGCUUGACGAGGAAGAGAAAAGCCACAUCAGCACCCGUGUGGCUGGAACAAUAGGCUACAUGGCACCAGAAUAUGCACUGUGGGGCUACCUCACCUACAAAGCAGAUGUUUACAGUUUUGGAGUUCUGACGUUGGAGAUCGUUAGUGGCAAGAACAACAAUGAUUUUAUGCCAAGCAACAAUUGCGUUUGCCUCUUAGAUUGGGCUUGCCAUUUGCAGCAGAGUGGGAAUGUGUCACCCAUUAUUGACCAGACAUUGAGGUCAAGAGUAAAGCAGGAAGAAGCUGAGAUUAUGAUCAAGGUAGGUCUGUUGUGUACAAAUGCAUCAUCGACACUCAGACCAACGAUGUCCGAGGUUGUGAACAUGCUGGAAGGGAGAACGCCAGUUCCAGACACAGUCCCAGAACCGAGCAGUUAUGCAGAAGACUUGAGGUUCAAGGCAUUGAGAGACCUGCGGAGGGAUGGGGAAGGGCACAGUCACAGUCAUGGUUUCAGUCACAACUCAACCACUGUAAACACGUUUAAUUCCUCUUUGGAUACAUCGACUCAAGAAUAAGCAAAGCGAGGGGAAGACCAUAAAUUGUAGAAUGUCAAAUGUAAAUAUUCAUGUGCAGUGUUUGUUUACUGCCUUGGCGAGGGCAUGGUGCAUAUUGCAGAGAACUUGAAAGUUGAACCAUAGAGAUAGACUUGUGUACAGAUUUUUGUCUACAUACUUCCAGUGACAUUUGGGCUGUUUGGGAAUUCUGUUAUGGCGAUUAAAAAGUGCAGAUCUCUGUGGUGGUACAACUUUGGAAAAGAUUAGUCAUCUCCUUCCCUAAUUUCAUACUUCAUAAGUUCCUAG